AGUGCUUGUCAGCAAAUAUUUAGUGGGCAAUGGAGCAGAUAACAUCAUUAUAUAGUAAAUGAAACAGUGAUCACGAAAGCUGAUGGUUGUAGAAAUGUCUGUGUAAAGUUGCAAUUGUAUUUGGCUUAACUGCGAAGAGAAUUAUUUAUCUAUGUUGUCGAGAGUUUGUAGUGAUUUGGAGUAGGCGUUGUCAACCAUUUAGGCCUAUCAGUAUUGAGCACCGGUUAUCUUUACAGAUAGCAUUAGAAGAGCAAAGUACUAGAGGAAAAUUCAAUCUAGUUUUAGAUACAGCGACUACGCAUAAUAUAUGAAUUACACAGGCAUAUUAACAGUAAACCAUGCGGUUGUUGAUCAAGAGGUGGCUGUUUAUCCUGAUGUUUAUAACUCCAGGCCCGGGGAUGCUGAUUGAACCAUCGACAGCAAUAUCAGACGAGAAGGAUGUCCUGGGCAUUCACCAAAUUACAUUUGAUACCGCUCACGUUAGUAUGAUAUCGAAUUUGCAAUAUGAUGCAGAGGUUUGGGCCCAGACAAGCGAGUGCUUUGAGUGCGAAUUUCUGUUUAUUGUGGAUUUACCUGCAUCAUUCUCGAUCGAUUUCUAUGCUGAUACAAGAUAUCCUAUGCUACUUCAAAUUAGAAGCAGUAGUACCGAUUUUUCAAAUACAACUAACAGUUUACUAAAGUACCAUUUUGGAGAAAAUGGGGGCUAUAACGUAUCGGUAGAGAACGUUGAGAACCAGUUAACAUUGACUGUUGAUGUUAUAAACAAACCAGAAUUUAGUGCAACACCCAUUUUUGUGGCGAUUGGAAUAUAUGCUGGUCUCGCAUGUCUGUAUAUUUUACUAAAGCAGGCCAUUAGGCGCGAGUGGAUAAGCAAGAUAUGCUGUUGCUGUGCGUCAUAUUCUCUGAACAACAAUGCGUCUCUUUCCUUACAGGACCUUGGAUCGACAUCAGAAGGGCCAUCUGAUACACAAAGUAUCAAUAAAGAGAAAAAGACAAAUUCAAAGAAAAGAUUGAAAUCGUUGGAUACAUUUAGAGGAUUUUCGUUAGUGGUAAUGAUCUUUGUUAAUUAUGGAGGUGGACGUUACUGGUAUUUUGAGCACAGUAUAUGGAAUGGUUUAACAGUAGCCGAUCUUGUUUUUCCUUGGUUUAUAUUCAUUAUGGGCACUUCAAUAAUUCUAUCCCAGCAUUCUCUGCGAUCGAAAGGUGUAACCAGAUGGGAACUGUUCAAGAAGAUUCUCCGACGUACUGUCAUUUUAUUCCUGUUGGGUUUAUUUUUAAACACUGCUGGAGGUCAUAAUGAUUUACAAUACAUAAGGAUCCCAGGAGUUCUACAGCGUUUCAGUAUAUCAUAUUUUUUCGUUGCAACAUUGGAACUAUUUUUCGGAAAAACUCCAAAAGUAAAAGGCAUCGUUUUACAAAACCGUUGGUAUGGUUAUGUCUUUGAUGUGUUUGACUAUUGGGUUGAGUGGCUGGUUAUCAUGGCACUGGUUGUAACGCAUACGUGUCUCACCUUCCUGCUACCUGUUCCUGGAUGUCCUACGGCUUAUUUAGGACCGGGAGGAACUAUGAUUUAUGGAAUAAACAACACUGUUAGUAUGUGCACAGGUGGCGCUGCAGGAUAUAUUGAUAAAUGGUUCUUUGGAGAAGAUCACAUCUAUCAGUACCCAACGUGUCAAGUUAUCUAUGGCACAGGUGCCUAUGAUCCGGAGGGAAUGCUGGGAUCAAUCAAUUCGAUCUUUAUGACGUUUCUGGGACUGCAGGCUGGGAAGAUUGUCCUACUUUACCCUGGAGAUCGCCAGCGGAUAAUACGAUUAGUUAUCUGGGGCAUCAUUACGGGUGUAAUUGGAACCAUAUUGUGCAAAGCAUCAAAAGAGGAUGGAUGGAUUCCUGUCAACAAAAAUUUAUGGUCUCUAUCGUAUGUUUUUGCUCUCGCUGGGAUGGCGUUCAUAUUGCUGGCACUUUUUUAUUACGUUAUAGAUGUUGCCCACUGGUAUUCUGGAAACCCGUUCUUCUAUCCUGGCAUGAAUUCGAUACUGAUCUACGUUUGUCAUGAAGUGUUUUAUAGCUAUUUUCCAUUGUCGUGGGCACCAUACAAAGGCAACCACGCUGAAUACCUGGCGAUGUCACUACUUGGUGUGUCUAUUUGGGUCAUAGUUGCUUACUACUUUUACACUAUUAAGUUUUUUCUUAAGAUUUAAUGUGGCCUACUGGAUGAGAAUGCAUGGCUAGAUGUGUUUGUUGUUUCAUUUUGCAGGUGAUGUUAUCUCUUCUAAAAAUUCAUGCAGUGUAUAUUGCUGAAGUUAUGAAAUGCUUGCGCAAGUCUAUGUUAUGCACACCUACAAACAUUUUAGAGCAGGUGGCGAGGGGGUUGGGGGAUUGCCAGUCAUAAAAUGAAUAUACAAUUUUGAUUUUGACAGUAAAUAUGCGCGUCUCUUCCCCUGAUUUGCUGCUAGUUUAUUGCAAUAGCCCAUUAAAGUAAGUACUUGUAUCCCACCAGACCUUUAUUGUGACAUUCAUGUCAUUAGGCAGUGUGUUUUAAUAUAUAAUAUUAGUCAUAUAUUUGAUACCUUUGUGUGAAAAAUUUAUAUCCAGUGACCUGGUGUACACAUGUGAUGUAUGUACGUUGGUAGUGUAAAUAAGCUAUUGAUCAAUAUCCGAACACUUGAAGAAGAAAGAACUGUUACUGAGCUCGAACAACAUGUACAUAGCAUUGAAUGUAUGGAUUAAUUUAAUUAUAAGUUAUACAUUAUACUGUAAAAAAAAACCAAAAAAACAAAAACAAAACCCGUUUUACUUAGCUUAAUACUUACAUAUUAGGAGCGGUUGACGUAAUUGUUGCGUUUCGGUCUCAAGGUCAGGGGUUCGAAUCUUCGCUAUGCAUUUCGCUUGUGUUCUUGGACAAGGCACUUUACCUACGUUUGUCUCUACCCGGUUCACUACUGGGGAGGAAAAGGAACUAGCCACUCUACCACACAAUGCCUAGGUGUAAGUACGAUGGGCCAACAGCUCAUUCCCCUGCGUUCAGUAAUGAAUACGGGACUACCUUUACCUUUGAUAAUAAUAUUAACAUAAGGUGAUAGGAAACAAAAAUUUGUUAGAAUAGUUUCCUUUUUCCAACGGCUUGCUCUUUUUAACGAUGGUCAGAAUUGGGCACCAUGUUCUAACUUUUAAGUAAACGAAUUGGGUAUAGAUACAAAACAGCUAGGUAGAUGAAGGUAAAGGAAAUGAAAACUUGUUAACAGAAGGUUUUUCUUUUUUCAACGGCUUGCUCUUUUUAACAAUUGUCAUAUUUUGGCACCAUGUUCUAACUAUUAAAUAAACGAAUUGUGUAUAAAUGCAAAACAAAA